AUGGAUAUGGAGUGUUGCAGAGGACUUAACUACAACAGAGUGUUCAUGUUCUCUCCACAACCUCCAAAAAGACCACUACCAAACACAGAGUCCAGUACUUUGAGUGAAAUCCAGCAAAUUUUAGCAGACUACUAUGCAGACGAGAUGGAUUCUUCUUGCAAUCAGAAAUUGCCUGAAAUGCCCGACUUCAGCAAGCCUGGCAGACGGAUUAGUGAACAAACUCAGUUGAUAAGAGUCACGUUGAGACAACAGACUUUGGAACUAAACGGCUUUCCACCAAACGAUGUCAACAUCAUCAAAAUUAUCAACCAUCCCCAGUAUAAAUCGCCAAAUAAAUACAAUGAUAUAUCACUAAUGGUACUGGAAAAAGAUGUGAAAUUCAGUAAAUACGUCCAACCAGCUUGUUUGUGGAGAACGUUUGAUACAAGCCCACUUGGAACUAAAGCCGUAUUAACUGGAUGGGGAGUUAUUGAAACUGCGCAUCGCACAACAUCACCAACUCUCCAAGCAGCAGAAGUUGAUAUUUUGAACUCGAAUACCUGUGAUAAACUGCUGCUUCCAUUAGCGAAUAGACACUGGCAAGGAAUGAAAGAACAGCAGCUAUGUGCUAGUAUUCUCGCUGGAGGUGUCGACGCUUGUCAGGGUGACUCUGGAGGUCCUUUACAAGUCCGAAUAAAACUGCCGCCGUCCUCGCAAGGAGCAAUUCACUACAUCGUAGGAGUGACGUCAUUCGGCUUCAAUUGCGCAUUGCCUAAUACUCCCGGAGUCUAUACCAGGGUUUCCAGCUUUAUUGACUGGAUUGAAAGUAUUGUUUGGAAAUAGAAAAAUGUCACAAAAGUGUUCAUAAUGUGCAGACAUAGUAGCUUUAACUUUAGCUGAAUAUACAUGACAUCGCAUAAUAUGAAACCAAAUACUGUCGUAACUCAAAAA